AGCCGAGCGGAUGAGGAUCAGCUGACCGCGAGGCUCUGGCGUCCUUCCACUGAACACUUUAGCGGACCAAACACAAUCUAAUAGCCAAUCGGCUCCUGAUCGAUCGAUCGGACCCAACGCCGACAUGCCGUCGCUUCUGUUCUGCGGGCCGAAGAUGGCUGCGUGCGGGAUAGUGAUCAGCAUCUGGGGCGUCAUCAUGCUGGCCAUGCUGGGCAUCUUCUUCAGCGCCAAGUCGGCCGUGCUGAUCGAGGACGUCCCGUUCACCGAGGAGGACAUACGCAGCGAUAAAAACCCCCCUCAGAACAUCUACGGCCUCUACAACCAGGUCGGCAUCAACUGCUUCAUCGCCGCCGCCAUCUACGUGGCGGUGGGCGCCGUGUCGCUCUGCCAGGUCCGACUCAACAAGCGACAGGAGUACAUGGUCACAUAGACGACCUUUGACCCCUCCCAGAGGAGCCACGUUAGUGUCACGUGCCCCUUUCAUGGCCGACCAAUCGCACUCUCCCGCAUCCGGUUGGUUGAGAUUUAAUGGAGUCAGUAAUUUAUUUGAAAGGUCACGACCUUUGUUUCUUGUUGAAGUGUGAGACGCCGCGUUCCUCCUGCUGGUUACUUUCAGAGGAAAUGAGGUCAUUUAGUGUUUCCUGUGAUCUGUAUGUAAAUGUCCCCGAUGUGUUGUGACAAGUUGUGGUGGAAAAUCCUUUGCAAUAAAGUUUGUCUGUAAAAACCCA